AUCAAUCUGUCACAUUUUGCCGGACAAGUACUUCAAUUUCGUUUAGUUGUGGCACGUGAAAUUUUCCCCUUUAAAAAUCUAAUUAAAUUGCCAAAAUGUUGUCGGCCGCUCGCGUUUUUACUAAAACCGCGAAGUUAACACAAAAUGCCGUUUUCACGAGAAAAUUCAGCCCCUUGACAAACACGAAUUUGACCCCCAGCGCUUGCAUCAGCCCUAGUUAUGACCAAUACCGUUUCAAAUCAGAUGUAAUCAAAGGCGCAGUCAUCGGUAUCGAUUUGGGUACCACAAACUCUUGUGUAGCUGUAAUGGAAGGCAAACAAGCCAAAGUAAUUGAAAACACAGAAGGUUCCAGAACCACCCCAUCAGUUGUAGCUUUUACAAAAGAUGGUGAACGUCUUGUUGGUAUGCCAGCAAAAAGACAAGCAGUCACAAAUUCAGCAAACACAUUCUAUGCAACCAAAAGGUUGAUUGGUAGAAGAUUCGAAGAUGCUGAAGUCAAGAAAGACAUGACAAAUGUGUCUUAUAAAAUUGUAAAGGCUAGUAAUGGGGAUGCUUGGGUGCAAGGUUCAGAUGGUAAAAUGUACUCACCUAGUCAAAUUGGGGCUUUUGUUUUAAUUAAAAUGAAGGAAACUGCUGAGGCUUAUUUGAAUACUAAAGUUAAAAACGCUGUAGUCACAGUACCUGCUUACUUUAAUGACUCUCAAAGACAAGCCACCAAAGAUGCUGGACAAAUAUCAGGCCUAAACGUCUUGAGAGUAAUUAAUGAACCUACUGCAGCUGCUUUGGCUUAUGGCAUGGACAAAACUGAUGAUAAAGUAAUAGCAGUGUAUGAUUUAGGAGGUGGUACUUUUGAUAUUUCGAUUUUGGAAAUCCAAAAAGGUGUAUUUGAAGUCAAGUCUACUAAUGGAGACACUUUUUUGGGAGGUGAAGACUUUGACAAUUUACUAGUAAACCACUUAGUGUCUGAAUUCAAAAAAGAACAAGGCAUUGAUGUUACAAAAGAUCCAAUGGCUAUGCAACGUCUCAAAGAAGCAGCUGAAAAAGCUAAAAUUGAAUUAUCAUCUGGAUUGCAAACCGAUAUUAACUUGCCUUAUUUGACUAUGGAUGCUGCUGGGCCAAAACACAUGAACCUUAAAUUGUCCAGGUCUAAAUUUGAAAGCCUUGUAGGUGAUCUUAUUAAAAGAACCAUUUCGCCUUGUCAAAAAGCCCUUAAAGAUGCUGAAAUCAGUAAAGCUGAAGUUGGUGAAGUUUUACUUGUAGGAGGUAUGACUAGAAUGCCAAAAGUACAAUCAACUGUACAAGAAAUCUUUGGCAAACAACCCAGCCGUGCUGUUAACCCAGAUGAAGCUGUAGCUGUAGGUGCAGCUGUACAAGGGGGUGUAUUAGCAGGGGAUGUUACCGAUGUCCUUUUGCUUGAUGUUACACCAUUGUCUUUGGGUAUUGAAACUCUUGGAGGUGUCUUUACUAGACUAAUCAAUAGAAAUACUACAAUUCCAACCAAAAAAUCUCAAGUGUUUUCAACAGCUGCUGACGGACAAACUCAAGUUGAAAUUAAAGUAUUUCAAGGCGAACGUGAAAUGGCUGCCAAUAAUAAAAUUUUAGGACAAUUUUCUUUGAUUGGUAUUCCACCUGCACCAAGAGGUGUACCACAAGUUGAGGUCACUUUUGAUAUUGAUGCUAAUGGUAUUGUACAUGUCUCUGCAAGAGAUAAGGGAACUGGAAAAGAACAACAAAUUGUUAUCCAGUCUUCAGGUGGUUUGAGUAAAGAUGAAAUCGAAAACAUGGUCAAAACUGCUGAACAAUAUGCACAAGAAGACAAAGUCAAAAAAGAAAGAAUUGAAGCUAUUAAUCAAGCAGAAGGCAUUGUACACGAUACUGAAACUAAAAUGGAAGAGUACAAAUCACAAUUGCCUGAAGAAGAGUGCAGUAAACUAAGAGAAGAAAUCACUAAAGUAAGGGACCUUUUGGCUAAAAAAGAUGAAGGCGAUCCAGAAGAAAUCCGUAAAGCUACAGCAGAAUUACAAAAGAGUUCAUUGAAAUUAUUUGAAAUGGCUUACAAAAAGAUGGCAGCUGAAAGAGAGAGUAGCAGCAGUAGCAGUCAGAGCCAGGAACAAACACAGGAAGAAUCAAAAGAGAAGAAAGAAGAGAAAAAUUAAUUUUUAAGUUAUUGUUAUUAAAAGACAUUGCGCAAAGAUAGUUCUCCAAAUUGAAAAAGUGCGAAAAUGUGAUUCCAUGCGCGUUUUAAUUGGAUAACUGACCAUUUAUGACUGAGAUAAGAUAAGGAGUGCUGAGUUGUUAUUAGUUCAAUAUGUUUUUUUUUACUCUUGGAAAAAGUUUAGUGUACAGAUUAUAUAUUUUCUUUGUCCCGAUUUUUCUUGUGUGCGAAAAAGGAAAUGUUGUAAGAAAUCUCUGUGUUAAUUAUUGUUAAUUUUAAAAGGAAAAUUAUUUGUAGAAAAAAUUUACAUU